AGGGUUUGGGCGGACACAAACUUGAGCUCAUUUUUAGUUUGAACCCAGAGUUUUUUUUAGGGGGAUCUGUGAACUCCUCCUCUACCCAGCCCACAUUCCUCCGUGGACCGCUUUUCCCAGCCGGACCGUGGAAAGAGUGAGUGUGGAGGAGGAGAGGAGGAGUCCAGCUGAACAGAAGGAGAAAUAACAAAUCAUCUCACAAAAAAGGGUUUUUAGAAGAUUGUGUUUGUACAAUCACACAAGGACCCCAAAAUGGCGUUCCUGUUGAUGACAGUUACCGUUCUGCAUUUGGUCACCCUGGCUAUGCUUUUUAUUGCCACCAUGGAGAAGUCCUGGUACUCCUGGGGAGACAGGGAGAACACAGAUCUGUGGUAUAAAUGCACCUUUGAAAACAGCACUGGGACCCGGGUGUGCGCGACAGCCAGAGAAAGUGAUUGGUUGCAGUCAGUCCAGGCCCUUAUGAUCUUGUCUGUGGUCCUGUCUUCGAUCUCAUUCAUGGUAUUUCUCUGCCAGCUCUUCACCAUGUCUAAAGGAGGUCUUUUCUACUUCACUGGGUUAUGUCAACUGUUUGCAGGUUUUGCAGCCUUUGCAGCUGUGCUUAUCUACACUUUUCAAAGGAAGGCGAUUCUUCAGGAUCCUCGUGAGCUGGAGAUGGGUCAUUUCGGUUAUUGUUACAUACUGGCGUGGGUCUGUGUGCCUCUCUUACUUGUUAGUGGAGGCCUUUAUGUCCACCUGCGCAAACGGGCCUAAAAUCACACGGACCGUGCACCCAGAGUUAAAAUUAUGCUGCAGAAGUUUCAUGUGAAGCUGUAGUUUCGUCUCAAAAAAAAAAAAAACAGGUUAUGAUAUAGGCUACACUGCAAAAAAAUUAUUUUCAAGAAAAAAAUUUCUUAGUAUUCUUGUCUUGUUGUCAGUAAAAAUAUCAAAAACUUCUUAAAUUAAGAUGCUUUUUCUUGAUGAGCAAAACAACCCAAGAGAAUGAGUCUAGUUUUUAGACCAAAAAUAUCAAAUUUAAGUGAUUUUGUGCAUAAAACAAGCAAAAAAAAUCUGCCAAUGGUGUAAGCAUUUUCUUGAAUUUUUCUUGAAUUAAUGUUUAAGAAAAAUGUUCAAGAUUUUUUUGCUUAACCCAUUGGCAGAUUAUUAACCCAUUGGAAAAUAAGUGUAGUUUUUAGACAAAAAAAAGUAAAUUAGUGCUUUAAACAAGCAAAAAAAUCUGGCAAUGGAAUAAGAAAAAUUAGCUUGAAAUAAGUUUACUGUAUAAAAAAACACUUAAUUCAAGAAAAUUGUUCUUGUUCCAUUGGCAGAUUUUUUUUGCUUGUUUUAAGCACAAAUUUUAUAUUUUUUUGUCUAAAAAUGUAUUUUCCUAGGUAAUUUUGCUUAUCAAGAAAAUAUAUCUUAAUUUAAGAAUUUUUAGAUAUUUUUACUGAAAAAAGACAGUCAUUGUUUGCAGUGAGGAUAUUAGUUUGUAUAUCUGACAUCUGCUUUGCUGCUUUUUGAUGCACGAUUGCUGUAUUUUCCCAUAGUGGGAAACUUCAUGAAGUUAAAAUGUUAAUCGAGUGGGAUUUUGAUCAUUUUGACUUAGUCAUGUGUUAAACUGGAUAAUAAAAAUCAUUCUGGAACUGGAACGGAAAAAUUUUGUACUUUUCUACAUAUAUGCAGUCUCUAUUAAUAAAUUCUUGUUUAAAGCAC